UUCCGCGAACUGAAAUGCGUAACAACCGAAAGCAAGACCUUCCGUAAUGGCGGCUUAGCAUUUUAGUACCUUCGCUUGCUCGUUACAGAAACAGCAGAAAACCCUGUUAAAUGUCCAGUGUAACGUAAUGUGUGGGCAGAGUGAAUGCGCCUACAGGCGGCUCGGUCAUGUGUACCUGAACCUGCACCGUCAGUUUAUUCGAUUGUUUGAAGCUACAUGAGGAAUUGGAUGCCAAGACAUUGUUCAGCAGGUGGUUGCAAAUCGAGGGACAACCAUGAGACUCGAAAUGCUGGCGUCACCUUUCAUAAACUGAUGUUGUGGAUGACUAGGUUACCCAAAGGAGCGGCUCGGAGAAACCUUUGGAUCAGUAACUCUCACCGUGCAGACUCCUGGGAUCCUCAGACAGACUUUGUCUAUUUUUGUUCAAAGCACUUCCCACCCGAGAGUUUCGAGCUGAGUGGAAGCAGUGGAAUCAGACGACUAAAGGAAGAUGCAGUUCCUACUUUAUUUGAUUUCUCUCCAGCAGCCAAACACAAAAGAGCAGGAAGGCAGCAAAAGGAAGACAACAUCCCUGUCAGUUUUCUCUGCAGGAAGAGUUCCCACUCAGGAGCACAGGAUGGCACACAUCAGGAGAUCAACCAGCGUCACACUGCAGAAGAACCCACAGUUGAAAAGUCAGUGGGAUCCACUGAGGAGACUACUCAAGACAUGCCUGGAUUUUCUCAAGAAACAUCAGGGUUGGAGCAGCUGUCACAGCAAGAACUUGGUCCUCCACCUCCAGAGUCUCGACCCGUUUCCCCGUCACGUUACAUGAGACGUCUGCCCCCGCCUCCAGGCUUCUACUUGUCAAAGGAGCACAGCUACGCUCAGCUCUGUCCCCUGUUGUGGAGGAGACGUUAUGACCAAGUUGUAGACUGCUUGGAAAAAGCCCUACGACAACUGCAUGCAGCCAGGCGGAGGGAAAGCCGUCUGCGGAGCACCGUGCUGAGGCUCCGUGAUAAACGACUGAAGCACAUUCUGCUUCUGUCACAGAAUGGUUGCAAAAACAGGGGAAGCUGCAUAGAGGGGGGAGAAGAAAGACGGCACAAAGGAGAUCCUGACCUAGAGGAGAAUGAAGCUAAAUCCAAAGAUAUAAAGUUGAUUGAGGACAAAUGUGUUGAUCAAAUGGAGACAGGAUGUAAUUUUCUACCAGAGUCCAGUAGCUGGUCUGAGACAGACAAGGCAAACUGUUUGUACUGUGGAAAAGGGCAGGGGCAGAGUGGUGGGCAUUUGGAGCAUGAGGACUCACCGAACACCCAGAGAAAUGUUGCAACAAGCUCCUGUGACACAGCUGAAAAUGUGGAUCACAUACAGAUAGAUAGGCAGCAAGAAACAACCUGGAAAGACGUAGAAACCAGUGAUACCAGUGUAACAAGUUCCCAAGUUUUGUUGCAAAAUCCAGGUGUUCAGCAUAUAGUCUCAGCUGGAGUGUGCUUUCUUAAAACUAACGAGCAGAGUUUGCAUUAUCUAGGCUCUCAGCAGAAGCUGCUGCUCUCUGACAAACGUCACGGAGAGUCUGACGUGACGAGUCAGGAUCAUCACUGCGACCUGCAGCACCAGCUGUUAUGGUUACAGGACAGCGCUGACGGGCAGGUGAUUUUGUUGACUGUCCCGACUGACGAUGAGCCGCAACAUUUUGUCACGAUGGAGAACGUGGCCGGUGAAGAAAAAAACGUUCUUUUGUCCGAACUGGAUCUAAAAGGUGUGGAAUACUUAACAGAGAGCAGCGGAGGCAUGUCCAGAGUUGAGUCGUCACCUGAUCAAUACAGUGAGCAGAAUUCAGUUUCAAAUGGUGCGUUAGUGGAAAUACGGGACGAUGUAAGGAUGAAACUUAAAGAGCACCUGGAGGGUUUCCACCUUCAACUGAGCACCGAGUUUAGAAACUAACAAGAAUUGUAUAUAUCUGUAUAAUUUUAAUGUGACUGCACAUUUCAAUCUGGCAGCAGGUUGAAUGUGUUGUAUGUUAUACAGCCCAUAAAUUUGGGCUCAGUCAUUGUUCCUCACACCUUUAUUUAGCUGUACCCCUGACAGUGAUCGAGAGAGCCACAUGAUGACACUCGAUAUCUGUCGCACACACAUGAGUGUGUUCUGCCUCACAGCAGAGAAAGACAACACUACACUGCUUACCUGCUGGUCCAAGUGACUCCCAACAAAUGAACUGUGCACUCCUCUCUUUUAUUAUUGUUUUUAUGAUAAUGAAACAGUUAAAACUUAUAGAAUAACACCAGAAUCAACCUUCAGUUUUUAGUCAACAUAGUAUUACAGAUAUGAUUGGUUAAAACACUAAACUUUUUUCCUUUUUCUUCAGUCAUCUCCUAAUCCUAAUGUUACAUUUGAUUUUUAAAUGAAUUACUAGUAUACCCUUACUACCGUGUUGUAGCAGCGUAAACAGCCUCUCCUAUUCUCUCUCUCUCUAUUACGCCUUAAAAAUGCUCACCCAUCUGUGCUAUCAGCCAAAUCAUUGAAAACACAGCUUAAAUCCAAGUUCCUGGCAUUAUGCUCACCCUGCUCUCGUCUCUACUUCCUCUUCUAAGCUCUACUCUUUUGCUUUGCUUAGCUGAGGUCCAAAGGUUUGCAGAUAUUUUGCACAAAUGACAGAGAACAAGGUCAGGAAGUACAAGCAGUACAUUUCCCAGCUCCCACUCACCAUUAAAGCUUUUCAGAGAAGGUAACUACUUUACUCGGUGUAACUGACUGUAACACUGAGUAAACAUUUAAGAAUACAAGCAUCCACUGUAUAGUAGAGAAGGGAAUCUCCUUCCUUUAGGGCUGCCCCACCUGACAUUACACCUGUAUUAAAUGCUGGCUCUCUUCCACUAUGCAUUUGGUCUCGUGUCCCUCUAAUCUCUUCUCUCUCCCUUUGUGCCCGAUCAGUCACACCAGAGAGCUGGCCCUCCCUGAGCCUGGUUCUGCCUGAGGUUUCUUCCUCUUACAAGGGGGUUUUACCUUCCCACUGUCACCAAGUGCUUGCUCAUAGGGGGUCAACUUAUUGCUGGUUUUGUUCUCUGUUAUUGUCGGGUCUUUACCUUACAGUAUGAAGCACCUUGUUGUUGUGACUUGGGCCUGUAUUUAUCAAAUUAAACUGAAAGAUAAGUAGGUAGGUGAUGGAAAGUGGGCCCUGUUAUUCAAACGUAAUCUAGGAGGAUUAAUCUAACAUGACACACUGAAAUCCUGAAAUCUGGCUGUUCAGAGGAAAAACAGCAGCCUGUGCAACGAAACAGGAUUUUCCGGGUAACCUAAGAGUGAAUCCUGGGUAUGAACCUGGUUCACUGCUCACUGGUCUAAUGUGCAGCUGUCACCUUACAAAUAAAUAGUAGCACUGAGAGCACACUCGGCACUAAAUAAUUAACUUUAAUUGACAUAUUUAUUUAACCUCUUUUCACUAAAUCAUCACGUUAAAACACGUACAGCGUCGCAGAACUUUUUUUACAUAAAUGUCACAUUUUGCUUUCUGUGAAGGUUCUCGGUCAACAGCUCAUCGUAGUCUAAGGAGCUUGGAAAGGAAAGCGUCUGGACUUCUUUAAGUUUCUUGAAGACGUUUCAUCUCAGAACCUUCUUCAGUUCUAAGACCAACUCGCCCCCUUAAGAGAGUCGCUGACCCACUAUUGAUGUAAUUAGUCACAUGAUCAAUUAUCUUGAAUAUAUACACAUGUUCUUCAUACUUGCUGCCACCUGCUGAGCCCAGUGGAGUAAAGGCAGCAAACAGUGCAGAAAAACAAAACUUUCAUGUUUUGAACCUUGCAUUUUUCAGUCCGACCUGCUUUGCUCGCUCCUGUAACAUCACCAGCUGUGGCCAACUUCUUCUCUGUCUUUGUGGCUUUUGCUGUAGGACAGUUAUUUCAUGCUGUACAGUGUAUGAAGGUGUAAAUGAGGUAAACAUAGUUUUGGAUAAAAUAACGAUUUUAUUGCUAAUGAAAUAUUAAUAUAAUUAAUUAAGAUUUUUUUUACAUUGUGUAAAUCUUGGCGCCCCUUAGGUCCCUGUUUAAAUACUGGUAAUCCAGAUUUGAUAAUCCUUAAAAUCUCAACUGAACUACCAGGACAAAAGUGUGCUGCAGUACAAAUAAAAAAGCUAUCCACACCUUUCUCUACAUUAUUCUGGAUGCUAAUAUUCCCAA